AUGGAUAAAUAUCCGUGCGCCCAAGCAUGCUGGAAAUAUCUUAUCAGCUGCUGGGGUAGACGAAGGUGUGAUGGCCAGCAGCUUCUUCGGUAUACGGCGAAUUGCGCGUCUCGAGUAUCACCACCGUUUACAACAGACCUGCGUCGUCGAUUUAGCAGCGCGUUUCCCGAUCAGACCGACGACUACGCGCGUGAAUGGAAACGGAUAUGGUGGGUUAUGAGCACAGUAUGCAUGACAGUCCUAUGGACCCAACGAAACCAAGUGGUUCACAAUGGGGGCCAGGUUACCAUUGCAAGCAGCGUCGCAGCAUUCCAACAGGCUGGACUCCGGCAACUACGAGCACUAGCACGUAGGGAACGCGGAAAUCCAAGGACAAUAGUUCAAGGCACAAGAUUACUUAUCUGUUUGGAUCUCUUCCAGCGGACACCAAGAGAGGCACCUCGAUCAGAGGCGAGCCACGUACAGCCACCGGGAUCAUCUCAGGUACCGGCGCUGAUCACCUGGCUUAGGACAUUCCAGACACUCUCAUAA